AUGUCAUCGAAUGAAGAAAAGCAAAGUCCUGAUAUUUCCGCAACGGUACAAGAAGGAUGUUCGACGUGCAGAAUGCAACGACGCGAUAUGUUCAAAUGUAUUCGUUGGCAUUUAUGGUUCUCUGCCAUGUAUCGCCUACCACUAGAACGUUAUUUUCCUGCUCGUCUGCGGUUUCUCGCCGUUACUUUGGAUUGGACUUACGAACUGUUUUUAUAUUUAACAUUGCUACAUAUCGACAUACUCUUUAUGUGCACCAUAUAUCUGCAUCAGGAUAAAGGUGAUCUGGAACUGAUAGUGAAUUGUAUGAUCCAGACGAUCAUCUAUACGUGGGCAAUAGUCGCAAAGGUCUUCUUUAAACGCAUCCAACCCAAACGUGUAAAAGAGCUAAUGCGCUAUUUGAACGAGGAAUGUCGAACGCGGUCAGCUGCUGGAUUCACCUACGUUACAUUUAAGGAGAGCGUCGAUUUGUCGAGCAGGUGGACUACGGUAUUUCUGAUUUGCUGUUAUGCUGGCGUUACUUUCUGGCUUUUCGUACCCAUCUUUAAUCAGGAUCGCAGCUUGCCACUGGCCUGCUGGUAUCCCUUCGAUUAUAAGGUACCCAUAGUUUACGAGUUCAUUUACUUUCUACAAACUGUGGGUCAGCUUCAAAUUGCUGCUGCCUUCGGCUGUACGAGUGCUUUCUAUGUGCUGAUAGCGUUGAUCUUCUCUGGUCAAUUCGAUAUACUUAACUGCAGUCUGAAGAAUAUUUUGGCUACUACAUACACAAUUCUAAAAAAACCGAAAUCGGAACUCAUUUUACUGAGAGAAGAACAAAGCAUCGCCGACUAUGAGCUGAAUCAAUAUUACAUCGCCAAGGAAUACAGCACUGACUGCGACUGCAUACCACAUUUUUUGGACGUGAAAACACCGAAACCCGAACAUUUCUACGAAGGUUUCAAAAUCGCCCUUAGACCUUGCAUUGCUCAUCAUCGUUAUAUAUUGCACGGCCUAAAAAUGUUGGAGGACCUCUACAGUUAUCUGUCGUUUCUCAAAUAUCUUGAAGUGACACUGCUAGUUUGCCUAGUCGCAUUUGUUUGCCUUCAACGUAGCCCAUGGCACUUGCAUUCUGGUGAAAUAAAACAGGAUGCUUUAUUCUUUAUACUCAACGCCCAGCGUCCUUUCCGCUUGACCGGUGGCAAGAUGUACAACUUAAAUUUGAAGAUGUUUCGAAAUAUGGAUCUGAGACAACCACAGCCAAAAUAA